AUGGCGGAUUCUAGAAACGAUUAUCAUCAACCUAAAUCCUCUCCUGCUAAUACCAAAAUCCCUUCUCAACCAUUCCCUGAUGAUCUUGUCUCUGAUUUUGAAGGCUUAUCAACUAAUAGCAAGAGCUAUAAUACCACACACCACAAUUCUGCACCAAGAUCAUCAUCAACAGCCAGUGGUUCAGGCUUUAAUGGUGUACCUACCGAUAAUAGGUUCUACGCUAAUUCGAUACAACCACCAGCAACUAGAGUUAAUGGUUUUGAGAUGCAAGGAUAUGUUGGUGCACCAAUGUUUAGAUCCCCAACCCAACUUGGUCGUAGUACUUUCACACAUGGAUGUACUUCCUACAACCAUAUGAAUGGUUUGAGUUCUUCUGUCCACCCUAGCAAUUUUCACAAUUACGUGGGUAGUCCUAAUUUGGGUCGAAUUUUUCCUGGUAAUUCAUAUAAUUAUGGUUAUCAGAAUUUAGGCCUUGGAAAUCUUGACUUUCAUCAUUAUAUAUUAAAACAACUUGCAAGUAAUGAUGGAGAAAACCCGCGAGUGAGGCAGUUGUUGCGCUCUCCCAGCGCGUUCAUAGAAGUCGUACAAAUGAUCGCCGAUGAAGUCAAUACACCACUUGGGUCGUGUGCCAUGAAAAAUCUUAUCAAACUGGUCAUAGGUGAGCCGUUAUAUAUUGCGCAUGUGAUGUGUGUUAUAAAAUUUAAACUGUUAUCAAUGAUGUUGAACCAACAUGGCUCCAGCGUGAUUCAAUAUUUCUUACACUACCCUUAUCUUAAGCAGAAUGAGGUUAUAUACGAAACGGCCGUAAUCAACUGCAUAGACUUGGCUACAACCAAACAAGGAUGUAUCUCUCUCAAAGCUGUUAUUAAGUCCAUAGGAGCUCAUCCCCUACACGUUGCGCUUCUAUGCACCAUCCUAAACAAUGCUGCGAUCCUCUCUGAACACCGUUACGGGAACUAUGUUGUGCAAGAUGUUCUUGAUCAUCACCCUUAUACUGCAAAUCAGCUAUUCGAGAUUAUCAGGGAAAACUUGUUUAGGCUUUCUAUGGAUAUGCAUGGCAGUCCCGUUAUAGAGAAAUGCAUUUCAUCAGCUGCAGUCGAUAGUGUUGUUUUGGAACUGCUCUCUGAUAGUAAACAACUUGUUGAACUAGCUCAAGAUAAGUAUGGAAACUAUGUCAUCCAAAAAGCUCUCAAGGAAACAAAGGGGAAGGCCUUUGAAAAAUAUCUCCAAUUAGUUGACAUCCUUCGCAAAAGUUCGAGUGAGCUCGAGAAUCAUCCUAGCGGAAGGAAUGUGUAUAACCUGAUAAAAAGAGCAUGUAAAUUUUCUAAGAACAACGGAAUGACUAAGUUGUUGGAUGGUGGUGUAGCAGUGUAA